AUGAAGCUCCCUACUAUUUCCGCUACCGUCUUUACCUUGAUUGCUCUGAGCACCUCCGCCGCCGCCAACAGAUGUGACCGCCAGGAGAACGCCCUCUAUACAUACAUCGUCGAGGCCGAAGACGCCGAAGACGCAGGUGGCAUCUGCAAUGGUCUGUGGGACAACCUCAAAAGCGCAGCCUGUGUUACGUCGGACGAAAAGUGCAGCGAGGGGGAUGGAAGCAUCAAGUGGUCGUUUGAUGUCGGCAGGGGCUGUGGUGGUGGAAGUGUUGAGGGAGCUUGGUCUGAGGCUACCGGUAACAAGUAUGGCACUAUUGAUUGCCCUUAG